AGCAGCUAGCUCCUCCUCAGUGUGAUUAGUUGGGACGCACCGGCUCCAUCAACCUCCCGGUGCUGCUGGGACUCAACCGCCUCUCGUUACCGUCCACACAGACCGACAGACCGCCGCACACCGCCGGCACACACAGUAUAGGCAAUCACUUAUCAAUAACUGAAGAUGAUUAAGCUCUUUUCCCUGAAGCAGCAGAAGAAAGACGAGGAAUCUGCUGGAGGAAACAGAACCGGAGCCGGGGGUAAAAAAGCGAGCGCGGCCCAGCUCCGGAUACAGAAAGACAUCAAUGAGUUGAACCUGCCAAAGACGUGUGAGAUCAACUUCCCCGACGACGAUGACCUCCUCAACUUCAGACUCAUCAUCUCGCCAGACGAGGGUUUUUACAAAGGAGGAAAGUUUGUCUUCAGCUUUAAGGUAGGACAGGGUUACCCCCACGACCCCCCCAAGGUAAAGUGUGAGACGAUGGUGUACCACCCCAACAUCGACCUGGAAGGAAACGUCUGCCUAAAUAUCUUAAGGUGUGUUCACUCUUCAUUUAAAGUGUGUACCUGCACCAGGUGACCUCAGUGACACCUGUCCCCUUAAAGCUACAGUGUAUUUGUAUUAAUGCGGUAAAAUAUGGAAUAAAACUUUAGCCGUAAAAUCAAAAUUUUUUCUUUAUUACAGUAAAAAAAAAAUGUAUUUUACAAGUACAUGAUGACCUCACCCUUCAUAUUUAAUAUGCUGAUUACUUGUUUUAAAAUCUAAGUAACUAAAGCUGUUAAAUAAGGAACCUGUCUGUGUUUGUUGCUUUAGAAUAAAGGUUUUUAUCUACAGAGGAACCUUUCUGUGUUUGUUACUUUAGAAUAAAGGUUUUUAUCUACAGAGGAACCUUUCUGUGUUUGUUACUUUAGAAUAAAGGUUUUUAUCUACAGAGGAACCUUUCUGUGUUUGUUACUUUAGAAUAAAGGUUUUUAUCUACAGAGGAACCUUUCUGGGUUUGUUGCUUUAGAAUAAAGGUUUUUAUCUACAGAGGAACCUUUCUGUGUUUGUUGCUUUAGAAUAAAGGUUUUUAUCUACAGAGGAACCUUUCUGUGUUUGUUGCUUUAGAAUAAAGGUUUUUAUCUACAGAGGAACCUUUCUGUGUUUGUUGCUUUAGAAUAAAGGUUUUUAUCUACAGAGGAACCUUUCUGUGUUUGUUGCUUUAGAAUAAAGGUUUUUAUCUACAGAGGAACCUUUCUGUGUUUGUUGCUUUAGAAUAAAGGUUUUUAUCUACAGAGGAACCUUUCUGUGUUUGUUGCUUUAGAAUAAAGGUUUUUAUCUACAGAGGAACCUUUCUGUGUUUGUUGCUUUAGAAUAAAGGUUUUUAUCUACAGAGGAACCUUUCUGUGUUUGUUGCUUUAGAAUAAAGGUUUUUAUCUACAGAGGAACCUGUCUGUGUUUGUUGCUUUAGAAUAAAGGUUUUUAUCUACAGAGGAACCUUUCUGUGUUUGUUGCUUUAGAAUAAAGGUUUUUAUCUACAGAGGAACCUUUCUGUGUUUGUUGCUUUAGAAUAAAGGUUUUUAUCUACAGAGGAACCUUUCUGUGUUUGUUGCUUUAGAAUAAAGGUUUUUAUCUACAGAGGAACCUUUCUGUGUUUGUUGCUUUAGAAUAAAGGUUUUUAUCUACAGAGGAACCUUUCUGUGUUUGUUGCUUUAGAAUAAAGGUUUUUAUCUACAGAGGAACCUGUCUGUGUUUGUUGCUUUAGAAUAAAGGUUUUUAUCUACAGAGGAACCUUUCUGUGUUUGUUGCUUUAGAAUAAAGGUUUUUAUCUACAGAGGAACCUUUCUGUGUUUGUUGCUUUAGAAUAAAGGUUUUUAUCUACAGAGGAACCUUUCUGUGUUUGUUGCUUUAGAAUAAAGGUUUUUAUCUACAGAGGAACCUUUCUGUGUUUGUUGCUUUAGAAUAAAGGUUUUUAUCUACAGAGGAACCUUUCUGUGUUUGUUGCUUUAGAAUAAAGGUUUUUAUCUACAGAGGAACCUGUCUGUGUUUGUUGCUUUAGAAUAAAGGUUUUUAUCUACAGAGGAACCUUUCUGUGUUUGUUGCUUUAGAAUAAAGGUUUUUAUCUACAGAGGAACCUUUCUGUGUUUGUUGCUUUAGAAUAAAGGUUUUUAUCUACAGAGGAACCUUUCUGUGUUUGUUGCUUUAGAAUAAAGGUUUUUAUCUACAGAGGAACCUUUCUGUGUUUGUUGCUUUAGAAUAAAGGUUUUUAUCUACAGAGGAACCUUUCUGUGUUUGUUGCUUUAGAAUAAAGGUUUUUAUCUACAGAGGAACCUUUCUGUGUUUGUUGCUUUAGAAUAAAGGUUUUUAUCUACAGAGGAACCUGUCUGUGUUUGUUGCUUUAGAAUAAAGGUUUUUAUCUACAGAGGAACCUUUCUGUGUUUGUUGCUUUAGAAUAAAGGUUUUUAUCUACAGAGGAACCUGUCUGUGUUUGUUGCUUUAGAAUAAAGGUUUUUAUCUACAGAGGAACCUGUCUGUGUUUGUUGCUUUAGAAUAAAGGUUUUUAUCUACAGAGGAACCUUUCUGUGUUUGUUGCUUUAGAAUAAAGGUUUUUAUCUACAGAGGAACCUUUCUGUGUUUGUUGCUUUAGAAUAAAGGUUUUUAUCUACAGAGGAACCUGUCUGUGUUUGUUGCUUUAGAAUAAAGGUUUUUAUCUACAGAGGAACCUUUCUGUGUUUGUUGCUUUAGAAUAAAGGUUUUUAUCUACAGAGGAACCUUUCUGUGUUUGUUGCUUUAGAAUAAAGGUUUUUAUCUACAGAGGAACCUUUCUGUGUUUGUUGCUUUAGAAUAAAGGUUUUUAUCUACAGAGGAACCUGUCUGUGUUUGUCUCUUCCACAGAGAGGACUGGAAGCCUGUGCUGACAAUAAACUCCAUCAUCUACGGUCUACAGUAUCUAUUUCUAGAGCCGAACCCCGAGGACCCGUUGAACAAGGAGGCGGCAGAAGUCCUCCAGACGAACCGGCGGCUCUUUGAGCAGAACGUCCAUCGCUCUCUGAGGGGCGGAUACGUGGGCGCCACCUACUUCGAGAGGUGUCUUAAAUAACUUGGCGUCCCAUGAUUCUCCAAACUCCCCCACCCCUCCCCCUACAGUCCUCCCCUCCUCCUCCUCCCCCUCUUCCUCACCCCCUCCUCCUCCCCCCUUUACUCCUCAGUCCUGCUCGUUGGCGGCAGCAGGCGCCGCGGUGACAGAAAGCAGCACGCCAGAAGACGCUUUUCUGUUCUAAAACAAAAGAAGAAGACGAAGAAACCCCUCCCCUCCCCUCCUCCUCCCCCCUUCGUCUCCCCCUCCUCCCCCCUCCUCCCAUAUUUCUCUCUGUUUUACUUCCAAGACGCAGCAUUCAACCGUUUACACGCCACAGCGGGACUCCGACACACCACACACACCAGAACUGGACUUGAUGGCGAGCAGCGGCCAAGGGUGAUGAUGGCGGGAGGGCGGGAGGGCGGGAGGGUGGGAGGGAGGGGGAGGUCAGUGAUUCGGAGAACGCCACAACGCUGAUGAUGAUGACGACCACAUGAUUUUCUUUUAAUUUUUUUUAUUUUCUGUAAGUGGCGAA